UUGUUUUUAAAGUACUUAUUUCUAUUUAUUAUAGUUUUGCGUGAUGAAGAUGUUUCUAAUUUAUUAAACAACUCGGAGAUUGAAGACUUCGCACUUAGUGAUGAAGAUUUGGAUGACCAUGACCCACCUUUUAGACUUGAGUUAGAUCAUUUAUCUAGUUCGAGUGAUUCUGAAAGAUCAGAGCCAGAAACAAUCCACGAAGAAAGAAUAGUACAGCUAGCGCCAUCACGUGCUCGUCGUGGCUUUACUCGUGGAAGAAGUAAUCGUGGUCGUAGCAGCAAUAUAACUUCCUCUGCCAGUGACUCUAAAAUUUUACUACCUAGUUGGUCUGAAAAACUAUUCCCAUCGAAAGAAAUGGAAUUAUCGCAGCCUACUUAUUUACCACUUAACUCAGAUUUUUUUGAAAAACUUACAUAUUUUGAACAAUAUAUAGAUGAUAAGUUUAUACAGUUACUCGUUGAAAGAACAAACCAAACUUCAGUAAAAUUGCAUGGAAGAAGCAUGAAUUUAGAUAUGAAAGAAUUUUAUGUGUACCUCGGAAUUACGUUCGUUAUGGCUUCUGUAAACUAUCCAGUAAUAAGAAUGUACUGGGAAAGUAAAUGGAGAAUGGCAAUAAUUGCGGAUAACAUGUCCCGUUACAGAUUUAUACAAAUCAGAAACUCUAUCAAAUUUGUAUUUGAUGACGAUGUUAGUCAAGCUGAACGUGCGGAAGAUAAGUUAUGGAAAAUCAGACCUUUGAUACAGCGAAUUCAAGAAGGAUGUAGGGUACAAGAAAAAGAAAAACACAUGUCUCUUGACGAAAUGAUAGUGCCUUUUAGUGGAGCAUGUGGAAUUAAACAAUAUUGCCCCGGCAAACCAAACCCAGUUGGUAUGAAAGCCUUUGUUCUUGCAAAUCCCAGUGGAAUAGUGACAGAUUUUCAUAUUUAUCAAGGGUCAACCACUUACAAAGAGUUAGAGGAUUCAAACCAUGGAUUGGGAGAGAAAGCUGUAAUCACUUUAGCUAAUACACUUGUCCCAGGACACAUCCUUUACUUCGACCGAUACUUCACCUCAGUAAAACUGGCAAAUGAACUUCUAAAGAGAGGCAUUGGUUGCACAGGCACUAUCAUGAAGAACAGAAUUCCAGCUGCCGCACGGCUUGUGUUAAAAGAUGAUAAAGAACUCCAGAGAAGAGGUAGGGGAAGUGUUCAGACUAUUGUAAGCGAUGACAACCAGAUUGCUAUAACCAAAUGGUAUGACAAUAAACCUGUCAUAUUAUUGUCAACAGUUGAAGCAAAAGAACCUGUAGAUGUUUGCCAAAGAUGGUGCAAAAAGCAAAGGCAUUAUGUGACUGUCAAUAGACCAAGCGUGGUGCGAAAUUAUAAUAAAUAUAUGGGAGGUGUAGACCUUGCCGACAGAAUGUUGGCAGUAUGUCCCAACAGAUAUCGCACGAAGAAAUGGACUCAAAGAUUUUUUUCCCACAUGAUGGACUUGGCUGUAUCGAAUUCAUGGCUCCAAUUCAAACGAGACCAAAUAGAUAAAGGGGUACCGUUAAAAAAAAUACAACAACUGAGGUUCUUCAAACUGGAUCUUGGCGAAAAAAUUAUUGAAAUGUACACAAAUGAGGAGACGGUUUCAGCAGAUUCAGAAGAGGAAGUGAACGCCCCUACAAAACGUAAAAAAGGGAAGCCUACGCUACCAUUACCAUCGAUGAAACGACGUCAACAGGCAGCAAAACAUAUGCCUUUAUUUGAAAAUAAGCAAGCCAGGUGUCGCCAUUGUCAUUAUAAUAAAUCUCGCACUAAAUGUAGUACAUGCAACGUUAGUUUAUGUUUUACAAAAUACAGAAAUUGCUACAAAGAAUUCCAUGAAUAG